AUGGCGACAACAAGCGAGAUCUCGCAAGGCAAGGCCGAAAUCAUAGGGAAAGCAAAUACCGAAAUUGACAUUGAGCGAACGCCCACGACGGCGACGGAGCAGCAUGGCGGCGUUAAGGACAUAUCGUUGGAGCCGCUCACGGCUGGUUAUCACCGAUCCCUCACCAGGCGCAAGGUCAUGAUGAUGACCUUUGGAGCUGGCAUUGGAACCGGCCUGUGGGUGGGGACAGGCCAAGCAUUGCGUUACGCUGGCCCUGCUGGAACUGCUGUGGCAUAUACCCUCACCGCCAUUAUUGUAUAUGCCCAGUAUUCCUCAAUCGGCGAAAUGACAACGUACAAGCCGGUUCAUGGUGGAUUUAUUCGGCAAUGCAUUGAAUAUAUCGACCCAGCAUGGGGGUUCGCGAUCGGCAUGAAUUUUUGGUUUGCGUGGGUGAUGAUUAUCCCGGCAGAAAUUACGGCAGCAGUAUCGGUGCUUCGAUUCUGGCCCGAAACGAACGCGGUUCCUCUUGCAGCAUAUAUAACAAUAUUUUUGGUGGUUAUCGGGAUCGGAAAUAUGUUCCACGUCCGGGUGUAUGGCUAUAUCGAAUACUAUAUGUCAUUUAUCAAAUGCCUGGCGAUCAUACUGAUGAUUUUCUUCCUGUUCAUCAUGACCUCCGGGGGCAUUGCUGCUACAAAUGGUCCCAUCGAAUUCCGCUAUUGGAAGAAUCCAGGAGCCUUCAACAAUGGCAUCAAGGGAAUUGCCAAGGCUUUUGUGCAAGCUGCUUUUAGCUUUGGUGGCGGUGAGCAUAUAGCUGUGAUUGCGGGCGAAGUAGCAAACCCGCGGCACACCAUCAAAAAGACGGUACGGCCCGUAUUCUGGCGCAUGUUUACUUUUUUUCGUGGUCAAUAUCUGGCUGGUCGUGGAACGUUGGGAAGCCCAUUCGUUAUUGCCAUUAAGCGUGCAGAUGUGUAUGGACUCGCGCACGCUAUCAACGGUUUCAUCUUCCUCAGUGUCAUUAGCUGCGGGAUUACAAGUGUCUACGUGGCCAGCCGCAGUUUGACAGCGAUGGCGGACAUGAAACUCAUUCACCCUUUCUUUGGGAGAAAGGAUAAGCACGGCCGACCCUAUGUGUCGAUAAUUAUCAGCUUGGGCCUGGGGGGUGGCUUGUGUUAUCUCAACCUCAACACUGUCGGUGUAACUGUCUAUAGCUGGUUCUCGGCUCUGGUUGCUAUCGCAACGCUAUUUGAAUGGUCAUCCUGCUAUAUUGCCCACCUGAGGUUCCGACAAGGGUUGAAAGCACAGGGCAAAGAUCUUCGUACCCUUCCGUUUACAGGCUUCCUCACCCCAUGGGCUCAAUACCUGAGUCUCAUCAUCGUCGCCUUCAUUUUCGGCUGUGAAUUUUACUUGGCUUGUUGGCCGUUUGGAGAGAAAGGCUCCGUGAGGAGCUUUUUCUCUAGCUACCUGGCAGCUCCGCUGUUUGUGUUCGACUAUUUCGCUUACAAGGCAAGUCCAGGUUCCUGCAAGAAUGAAUUCAGUCUGACACCGGAUAAACAGUACUAUUACAAGACCAAGAUUGUCAAGCCAAAAGAAAUGGACUUUAGCGAGGCAUAUUACUUUGAUGAAGAGGAUCGUUUGAAUGCGCUAGCAGCUCAAGAGAAGGAGCAAGAGUCGAAUGAGAAAGCCGCGUGGCUGAAGCGCGCGCGAUACUUAGUAUUUGGAUAA